AUGGAGCUGAAUGCUCUCAACCUCCUCACCAAGCCGCCGAGGGUGAGAUGGUCCACUGAGAUGAGAACCUUCCUUUGCUGCCUGAUUAAGUAUUUCAACAAAGAUCGUGAUGCAUUCCAGGCCAUCUUCAACUCGCGUUUUAAGAAGGAGCUUAACGAAUGUGGGUUUAAUGAGAAACUGCCAGUCAAGUGGUCGACGCUCGAUUCACAGUGGAUUGACAUGAAGAAGAAGGGGGAUCCCAUCUGGGGAGAUGUGCAUCAGUCCGCAUUUGACGCCGAGGCAUGGCUGUCAUAUAUUGAAAAAAUUGAAGCAACUGCAAUCUCAAUCAACAAGCAUAUUGACAGAAAGGCCGAAGACACAGUCGAUUCAUUGACUUUUACCUACCAGCUCCCAAAGCCUCGGCACCAAGCAAUGAGCAGCUGUUCCAGAAGGAGAUUUCACCCCACGGGUCCCGUGAUUCCCUGGAAAUACCAUCGAAGGCAGCUAUUCCGAGGAGAGACUGUGUCCGGUGAGUCUUCUGGAGCCGCCGGGUCGCAGCAAGAUGGUGCUCAGAGGUUUACAGACCAGCUGGGAGAAAGACCCCUUUGCACUGCUGGGGACAAACUUUGUUUUUGGUGUUAUGCCGAAAACCCUAGCAGCGUGAGCAUUAGUGGGCCUGCUACUUGCGUUUUUAACGCUAUCCAGAAAGCAACCAACGGUUUGAAUGCGGCGCAGCUCCCUCCCCUGCUAUAUCGGUGGUGGAACGUUCGAUCACAAGGACUCAAUCUGGAGAAUGUAUUUGUUGCUGGAAUGUUUGCCAGUCUUUUCAAGGGCUAUUUUGCUCCAGACACGCUUGCAGAAGACGUGUUUAAUCGCCUCUUUGAAAGCCACAUCCGGCGUCAUAAGGAUUUCCCGUCUCCUUUCAUUUCGACUUUCAUGUCCCUCCUUGCACCAGUUCACAGGGGGCUGAGGGAAAAGGGGGGUGCCACCAUAGCUAUUUUCGACACGAGAAAACUGAGGUCGAAGGUUUACUCUGCCAGAGAGUUUGUCCGCGAACAAAAUCUCAAGAUAGGAAGGAUGUAUAAUGGUGCGGGCGAGUAUGCAGUAUGGGGCCGGAUCAACAAUGACGCUAUUAUCUGCAGUUUCACUAUCGAUACCCUAUCCCGCAUUGCAGAUGAGCAUCCAGAUAUUAAUCGAUUCUUGCAACUUGAUCUGAUCACAACACAUAGGCACAACAGAAAGGGCUUGCACAAAGCCAUGACAAAAAACGCCAUGUCCUUGGACAUGGAGGCUGGUGCUACAGUGGGGAAGCUGCUGUCCCUCUUGGAUGUCCCACAGGAGUUCUGCCGAGAAAUCAGCAGAGGCAUGGCGUACUCGUGGAGAAUCAAGACCAGAUACAUGUCCUGGCAGGGUUUCUUUCAAGGUGUUGAGCUUGGUUACAGGGGUGAACCUGUCAUGCCUACGCUGCUCACCCCAGAUGCUACACCCGACUCAGUAGAGCCAAUCCCAUUUGGUGGAUUUGACUCAGAUCCCGGUAUGAAUAUCGUGGAAUCAUCUGACGAUUGGGGUGAUAAGUCUGACGCCACCCUCGAUCUUCAGUCCGAUGAGGACGAACAGGACGAAUCUUCCAUGGAUGAGACUCCACCGCCUUCAUUUAGGCACAGAAGGAAGACAGUCCCUCCUCGUAUGGAUCUCGACUCUUCGUUGGCGCAGGAUCCGAAUUCAAACCCCGCGAAUGUCGUCAAUAAUGGUUUCGACAGAGAAAUGGACGAUGUCAUGGAGUCUGAGUUUACUGUUGAGGAAGCUGUCGACCAAAAGCAAAUGGCAAUUGAUGAAUUCGCCGUGGACAGGGCUCGUGUUAUGUCUGUGCUGCGUGGAAAUUUUUUAGUCUAG